AUGGCGAAAGGCAGAGUUGCCGAAGGAUCGCAGACUGGAGCACUCCAGACGACCCCAGUGGGGGACGGGAACGMGGGGACGCGGGGCCCUGCGGCGCCGGGGAGCAGAGACCAUGUAAGAGAAGAAAGAGUGAAUAUGAAGGUUCCCAGAGAUAUGGAUGAUGCCAAGGCUCUAGGAAAAGUUUUAUCCAAAUAUAAGGACACCUUUUAUGUACAAGUACUUGUAGCUUAUUUUGCUACAUAUAUUUUCUUGCAAACAUUUGCUAUUCCAGGCUCUAUAUUUCUCAGUAUACUCUCAGGGUUUCUUUAUCCCUUUCCACUAGCCUUAUUUCUUGUUUGUUUGUGUUCUGGACUUGGUGCCUCAUUCUGCUAUAUGCUCUCCUAUUUGGUUGGAAGACCAGUUGUGUACAAAUACCUAACAGAGAAAGCAAUAAAAUGGUCACAGCAGGUUGAACGUCAUAGAGAACAUCUCAUUAACUAUAUUAUAUUUUUGAGAAUAACGCCAUUUCUGCCUAAUUGGUUUAUUAAUAUUACAUCUCCUGUGAUAAAUGUGCCAUUGAAAGUUUUUUUUAUUGGCACUUUUCUAGGUGUUGCACCCCCCUCUUUUGUAGCAAUUAAAGCAGGAACAACACUGUACCAGCUUACAACUGCAGGGGAAGCUGUUUCCUGGAAUUCAGUAUUUAUUUUGAUGAUUUUAGCUGUUCUUUCUAUUCUGCCAGCCAUCUUCCAAAAAAAACUAAAGCAAAAAUUUGAGUGAAAAAUCAUCUGGGUUUGGGUUUGCUUUCAUCAUCAUCAUCAUCACCAUCAUUAUCAUCUCAGGAUUAGCAGGUGCAUCCAUUUAUGUUUUUAAAUCACCUCUUCAGUAAUUGAAACGAGGAAUUUGUAAAAUAAUAUUUCCUAUCAGACAUAAAAUAAAUGCAUAUUAAUGCAUAUAAGUGUCAAGGUAAAAGAGGAAAGUAAAAAUGGAAAUUGAUAUACUAUGAAAAGUACUGUCAUCAAUAGUUAUUAUACACAUAAAUUAUUGUACCAAGGGUACCUCUAGGUAGAUACAAUAAUAAUAGCAUGGUAGGAAUUCUUGGUAUAACUGAUUCAUUCAAGUUAAUAUUUUUCUCAUAUCUAAUGACUAAAAUAGAUAGUGGUGCAAUUCUUGGUAAUAUUAGCCUUCUUUCAGAGCUUAAGCUGUAUAACUAAAGUUUCAAAGAGAUUUGUUUUUUCUCUUUUUGCCUUUGAUGUAAUGAAUUUGUUUAAAGGUUAUAUCCUCAUAGACCACUGAAUAUAGAAAGGAUAUCAAGUUACCUAUUUUGUUAAUAUUAUUUUUAUUUCUCUUAUAGACUUUUAUCAUGGAUUAGUCUGGUAAUUUAGAUUCUGGCCAGUCUAUUUUCAUCCUUUUUUCUACCUUUUACAAUGUUUGCACCGUCAUAUAAAAAAUGAGAAUUACAUGAUAACUAUCAUUGGAGUUGAUAAUUUAUAUUCAGAUAAUAUUUUGUUACAGUGUCUCUUUAAUAWMUCUGAAGCUUAUAGUUUUUAGACAUUAGAAUAAUUAUUUUAUAUUUUGAAACAAACAAUGGCAGCAUGGCACUAGUGGUUAAAUGUAGUUUAUUUGUUCUAAUGACUGUAAAAUUUACCUCAUUUAUUUAUUAGUCUGGUCAUUAGUUAUUAUGUAAUUAYCCCUUUUAUGCAUGAUAUACCUAGAAGAAUGCCUUGUUUUCCUGUGAUGGCUUUUUUUGUUUGGGACUGUUUUUGAUUAAUGCAGUUUCCCAAUUUAGAGUUUUUACUUUUCUAACUCAAAAAAGUAACUUCUCAUGUGGUAACUAUUGUACUUAAAUAGUUCUGGAAAAACUAAACCACUUUUUGCUGCUUGAUUAAUGGUAAUGCCCUUGGUUCCUUGUAUCCAGGACACAGCCAUUCUAAAGUACUGUGUCAGUUUUAGCUUCAUCCCAAGACUGUCAUUAUGUUGAAAAGUGUUUUAGCUGUGUUAAAAAUCCUUUUAUGUUUUCAUUGUGAGAAGAUAAGAUCAUCCUUAAAGCCUGUUUCUACUACAUGAUGUGGACUGAUUUAUUUUUUUCUAUCACAGUAUUAACAAAUGGAUUUAUUGUAAAUACAAAGAAAAUAUAUUGGUUAAUAUAGUAAGUCUUAUGUCACUUGGUCUUUUGUGCAGAAUUAUUUAUUGUUAUUUCUAGCAAUGUUUUCUUUCUUAUUGACCAGAGUCUGAAUGAUAAACUUUUGUUAUUUUUACAAAUGAAUUAAAACAUAGCCUUUUGGGACAAAGUUCACUAAAUAUUACCAUAUAAAAUGUAAUUGAGCAAAUUUUUAUCAGACUUUUAAAAAUAAAAGUAAGAGCUUAGACUCGGGAGAAGCCCAUUUACUCUGGUAUGUGCACAUUGUACUUACUCUAUUAUCAGAGUGUUUUCUCCAUGUUUAUUAUAUACCCUUUCGCUUUGCUAUUUAUUUUUCCUGUUAGAAAACUAUAGCUGUCAAUUUAGAUGGUGGUAUAUUUUCUUCUCCUAAGAGAAUUGCCAGUUUUUCUAGAUUUCCUCAUCAGAGACUUUAUCAGGCUAAACCCCAAAUAUACUUGGUGGCCUGUAUUCAUGGAGUCACAGACUUGGCCUAAGUCCAAAUGUAAAUUCAAGCUUCAGCCAUCUACCCCAACACUUUUUUUUUUUUUUUUUUUUUUUUUUUGGUGCUGGGGUUUGAACUCAGGACCUUGCACAUGCUAAGCAUGUACUUUUACCAUUGAGCCAUAACCCCAGCCCCUUUGGUCACAUCUGAAAGACCAUUAUGUAGUAGUGGCCACAAGAGAGCAAGCAUCUGCAAUGGAAGGUGAGUGAGUUAAAUAAAUAGAAAGUUGACACACUAAGACACUAAGGCUAUUCUCUUCUUAAUUAAUGGUCUCUCUCUCUAGAGCUCUGUUACUUUGAGUGUAAUAUAUCUAAGAUACUUAAUAAAUGCAAACUAAAAUGUAAUAAUAAUAAUAAAAUAAAUUGUA